CUUCUUUUGCUAAGACGCGAGAAGGCGGAGGUGCACGAUGAAGGUCGGUCUGGUGGCGUUGGGGCUUGCCCUGCUCUGCACCGCCUCGGCUUCUCCUGUCGACAAUGUCAAGAAGAUAUCAGGGAUUCCCCUUUACUCACUUGCCGUGGCGGGUAACUGCACGUGUAUGAUGAAGCACAAGGAUGAUAUGAAGAUGAUGAAAGUGACGCUGACGGCCUUGGACGACAAGUCUGUCGACAUGGAAUUGAGUAUUCCCUUCAAGGGGAAUUGCAACAAAUUUCACUUGAACUUUAAGGAAAAUGAAAAUGGACACUACAUCCACGAGUGCGCCUGGGGUACCAAAACCAUUGACGAUAUGGUGGUAAAUGAGGCUGGCUGGGUCCUUGUCAGAGCAAUCAAGGAGAAGGAUGGCCAACGGUGUAUAAUGCUGGGGCUUCACGCCCCGGAACGUGAGAUGACUCCAGAGAUGCAGCAGGGAAUAAAAGACUAUGUUGUGGCACAGGGCAUUCCUGAGGAUAGCAUCAAAAUAUUGCCCGAAGAAGUGAGCUGCAUGGAAAAUCACUAGGUGCCUAAAGGGGAUUCGUCAAAAGAUCAGAUGAUGCUGUUUGCAGCUUGGAAGUGUCUCUUCUUUCUUGCCCACAGGCUUUGGAGCUUUGCUCAAUUUCCGGGGUGGAAGCCUCUUUAUACUCUCAAUAA